AUGCUAAUACGUCCACAUGUCCUGUAUUUUAACGGUGCUAGUAAUUUAGCACUGCGUAAAUGAGCUGGGAUAGGCUUGUUUACACCAGCGUGUUGCUAAGCAACGACUGAACAUGGCAAUGGGUUGAGCGGAAAACAAGCCGCUCCGUGAAUGCUCUUUAGGAAAUAUGAAUAUAAAGACUAUAUAUUUUAAUAGCAAACACUUCGGUUUCUUUCAGGUAGAACCAAAACUUUUUAUUUUUAUACGUUUUCACAGCAUUAGUAAUAACUGUGGGCUUUCUAGCAAAGAGCCUCACACAGCUAUUAAUCUCUGAAAGCUUUCAGCAGGCCGAUAAAAACAUGGGCUCCAUCUAUAGAUCACUUGUAAAAGAGGCCAUUGUGCUGCAUGAUAAGUUUAUCACUGGCAGACAGUGUUUGGAUGACUUCAUAGAUGAUGCUGCAAAAGAUCUGAAGAACAUGGAUGCUCAGCAUAAGAAGUUCAUACUUGAAGUUGUUUCUGGGUGCAUUGAGUACAAAAAUUUACUGGACGUAGUUAUCAAUGUCUUCUAUGACCAGAACGGGAAAUGUUUAUCCAGGGGUGAUCGCAGCCAGUUUGUUAUUAUCUGUUACCUCGCCACAUUUGUCCUUGAUGACAUUGGGCUUCAAACUUUCACUAACAUUGUUAAAUCUCUGGACAUCAAGAAGAUGCACAAGUUUCUGAGCUUCGUCUUCACAAACCUCACCACAUGGAUACAAGAAGAGUGGAAUAGUAUCUAUGAUGCUGUCUAUGUUGAGGAACAUUGGAUUGGCCCUUUGUUAAGAUGGCGUCCUGAGAUUGCUAUUCUCAUUGACCAGCUUGCUGACAUGACAUCUUGUAGGAGUCAGGUCAAGAAAGCUCCUAUUAAAACGACUGAGCCAAGGGAGUUUGCUCUCACCAAACCUAAACCUCGAACUCUGCCUAUGCCGGAGCUCAUCCCACAGCAGGAAAAAUGCAAACCAGUACCAAACAGCACCUACAGGGCUCCAAAAGAGAUGCAUAUAAUAGAGGAGAUCAAACAAAAGAACCAUCAAAAGACUGAGCAACUGCUGUAUGAGGCAAAUAUGAACCAGUUCAGCUGUGUAAAAGCACAGAAGUCUGAACGCACCAAGCAAGUGAUGUCCCAGAUUAAGGAAGACUUCAAUUCAAAGCUCAAAUUCAAUUCAUGUCACUCCUCUGGUUCGCCUUCUAAUAAUAAGACUAACAACUGGUCCGUCAAGCUCAACAGUGCAGCUAUCCUGAGGCAAGGGGCAAUAUAUGACCGUCAGGUGGAGGAGGAACUGCAGAGAAUGGAGCAUUUAAUAGAAGGGGCACGCGAGCCCUCUUCUUUCCUACAGUGGCAGAAGGAGAUGUGUGAAAAAGACCUUCAGGAUAGGCUGGCUAAGAUUGAGCUCAGGCGUCUGGAGGGACGAAUCAGCUAUGAGGAGGCUGCUAUGGCCCGGGCACGGAUAAUGGAACGCAACCAGAAGACUGCACAGCUGAAGAAAGAAGAGACUGCUGAGCUAAUGCGGAGAUAUGCUGAGAAAAGGUUGCAGGAGGAAAAAGAAAUGCGAGACUUGGUACAGCAAGUGGCAGGAGGACACAAGAACUCAAAAACAGCUAAAGAGAAGUUACACCAACUCAAGCAAAAUAUAGUGAAAGAAGUCUCAGAGCAAAGUCAAGAGCUCCUUCGCCAAGCACUAGAGGAAGCACAAGCAGAGCUAAGCAAAAAAUCUGAGCUCAUUCGUGAAAUCCAAGCCAUCAGGUCGCUUCCUCACAUUAGAGUCAGGAAUUUUGAUGACACAGAGACUGCAGGCCAUGAAUUGCUGGGAGAGAUGUCCCUGGCUGAGCUGAAGGAGCGACUAGCUAUUCUGAAGAAAGCGCAGCAAAUGGAACAACGGGAGAAACGGGAACACAUUCUGGAGGUGAAACAGAACAAGAAGCAGCUGCUGUUGGAGCAGCUGGACACCAUCAACAUCCACAAGAGAGCACUGGCACAGGCUGCUGCCAUCAGGAAAGAGGAGAGGAAAGCCAGGCUGGAGUUUCAACAAACAGUGACUCAGGAUGAUACACUUUUGGCUCUGCAGAAAAAGCUUGAAGAGAAACAGCAAGAGCGCCUCCGCCUGAAGCAAAUUGAAAGCAACAAGGCCAAAACCAGAAAAUCAAAAAAGGCAGCUGCACACAGUGUUAUAAACACAGGGACACACAGCCAAGGAAGUUUAAAGGAGAAAAGCUGGGAGGAACUGGAAUUGAGCUUGGAGCGUCAUAUUCAGAAGGAUGCUCCGUACGUUGUUUCUCAGAUGGAAACAUUCAAGACAUAAGUAUGUACAACAUGUUGCAGAAGCCUUUGAAUGUUUAAUUUUAGAUUAGGGAGAUCAGCAGUGUAUCAGACAUACAUGUUUCCAGAAUAAUAACAUGAAUAAUUAGCAUUUUAUUUCUUGUUAUACUGUUAAAUUGGCAUAGACUGCAUUAAAAUUGU